CAGCAGCGUUUCACAUUCUUAUAAACAAACUCCUAUAUCUCCAAAAAAAAAUUACCAUCUUCCAACAAGUUAAAUUCUUAUUUGAUUAUUAAACAACCAAGAAGAAUAAUCGGCUAUGGAGGGUGAUGGGUUUUCAUCUGCUGGAGACCAGCAAACAAUGAUCGCUUCCUUUCUUGAAGUUGCACUUGGCCAGACUGCCGAUACUGCCCGGCAGUUUUUGCAGGCAACAGGCUGGAAGCUUGAAGAAGCUAUUCAACUUUUUUUUGUUGGAAAUGAUUUUGGUCAUGCUCCACACAUUGCACCACCAGAAAAUGAGGUGUUCAUGCCUGAUCAAAAUUUCGGAGUGGCGGAAAAUCACAUGGGACUUGAAAAUAUUCAAGAAAAUGAUGGAACUGGCGUUCGUGCACCUUUACCGGUUAAAAGAGGUAUCCUAUACGACACACCGAUGUAUUACAGACCAUCACAUGAAGCUUUGCAUUAUGAGAAAUUAAAACGUCUCGAAGUCUGGGGAAAAGAACAAGCUUCCACAUCAGCAUCGGAAACUUCUAAAGAUAAUCUUGCUUCUUUGUAUUGUCCUCCCUUUGCUUUGAUGUACCAUGGGCCCUUUGAGAAGGCGAAAGAUGCUGCUAACAAACAAGACAGAUGGCUUCUAGUGAACGUGCAAUCCACCAGGGAAUUUAGCUCACACAUGCUCAACCGUGAUACUUGGGGCAACAAAGCUGUUACUCAAACAAUCACCUCCAAUUUUGUCUUCUGGCAGGUAUGUGAUGAUACCGAAGAGGGCUGCAAGAUUCUGUCAUAUUACAAGCUGGAUUCUGUUCCUGCAACUCUAGUAAUUGACCCCAUCACGGGUCAAAAGAUGCGUUUAUGGCGUGGAAUGAUCCAACCCGAAAGUUUAUUGGAGGAUGUAGUACAAUAUAUGGACAGUAGCCCAAUGAAUCAUCUUUUACGCUUGUCUCGAAGACAUUCAAGAGAAAGUUCUCUCGCUUCGCCUCCUAAACUCCAAGAUGAAACAAAUGAAGAUGAUGACAAAAUGAAGCUGGCACAAGCGUCAUCGAUGAGAAUGUUGAAUGAUAUUAGUGAAGGGUUUUUAAAAGACCCGCGUGACAUCAAAGAGGUCACGAAAAAAGAAAAGCGUGUUUAUCCACCGUUGCCUGAAGAACCCAAAGGAGAUAAAAGCUUGCUUUGUAGGGUCGGUGUCCGCCUUCCAGAUGGAUCAAGGGUUCAAAGGAAUUUCUUACGCUCUGAUCCGAUACAGUUGCUGUGGUCCUUCUGUGCUGCAAAAUGUGGCGAUGAAAAGCCAUUCCGGCUGACUCAUGCUAUUCCCGGGGCGGUAGAAGACUUGGAUUAUGACAGCAUGUUAACGUUUGCUGACUCUGGCGUUGCGAAUUCCAUGAUUUCAGUUACUUGGGAGUGAAGUUAUCUGACUGCUGCUACAAUCUGCGUUUGGUGCUGCAAAUGUUUAAACCCAUGUCUAGAACUUGUGACCCGUUGCUACUGAUUAUGAGCUGAAGAUGUAAAUGUUUUAAUUUUAGUUUAUGAGCUAUUUUAUUCAUUAUUGGUAUGAAUUUGUAUAGAUUCAUAUUCA